AUGGCGGAGGAUAAAGAGUUUGUGACCGAUUUCACAAACAAUUUUAUUCUAAGGAAAAGAAAUGCUGAGCAGCCUGCGUCCAACCAUUUGGAAGAAGAGGUCGGGGAAAACAUUGAUUCAAUUUCGGAAGCGGAAAACAUUCCUCAAAAUAAUUUGGAAAACGAAAAUAUAAAAAAAGGAGAAAGUUCAAAUUUGGACUUUGACGAUGAAAAGGAAUCUUUGUUUGACCACUUGAAUAAGUGUUUCAAAAAAUUAAUUAUGAUUGUAACACAAGGUCGUGACAAACAGGAUUUAAUUGGACUCAAAAUAGCUAUUCCAAGCAUGGAAAAUACAAAACCCAUCGGUUUGAGUUUUAGAAAAAUUGAAACUUUAGAUUCCAAUUCCAUUUUAGAUUUGUUUUCAUCGGUUUCCCAAUCAAAUACCAAUUACAUGAUUACUGAUUUAUUAGAAAUAUUCGCUACAAUUGUGCAAGUACCAUCAGGAAAGGGAAGUAUUGUUGAUAAAGGGAAAACUAAUGAUAAUACAUGUUUACCGCGAUCUAUAUGGGUUGCUUUUGGUCUUGAUAAAAAUGAGGUUAAAGGUUAUUAUCCUUAUUUAUUUAACACGAAAGCAAACUAUAAUUAUGUUGGAGAAAUUCCAAGCACUGAAAUGUUUGCUUUGAAUAAUUUUAACUCACAUGAGCUAGAAAAAUUUUAUUUAUGGUACAACAACUUGAAGAAAUCAAAUUAUGUUUACAAUAACAGAGAAGAGUUAAUAAAAUAUUGCAUCCAAGAUGUAAAUGUAUUACGUCAGGGAUGCUUAAAAUUUAUGAAUGAUUCCCUUCAAUUAUUGAAUAUUAACCCUUUCUUUGAAACCUUUACUUUAGCACAAGCUUGUUUGACUGCAUACCAAAAACAUUUUCUAAAAGAAAACACCUUAGGUGUAACUCCCAUUAACAAUUAUACUAGCUGUGGUAAAAUUAAAUAUGAAUAUGAUUUACCAGAUUGCAACUUUACAGUAGACGGCUUUAAUCCAAACACAAAUACGGUUUAUGAAUUUUUAGGAUGUUUUUACCAUGGAUGCGAAGACUGUUUCUUCGAUAGAAAUUUAGUUGUCCAUGGAUAUAAAAUGCAGGCUAGGUUUGAAAAUGCUAUGUGCAAAAUAGCAGUUUUAAAACAAAGUGGAUAUAAUGUGUGCUGUGAAUGGGAAUCAAAUGAAAAAAUUUGCUACUAUGACUUCACUUCCCUCUACCCAUAUGUAAACAAAAAUAGUAAAUAUCCAAUAGGACAUCCUAAAAUUUAUAAUUCUCAAGAAUGUUUACAAUUUGAAAAUGAUAUCAGUAAAAUAGACGGUUUAAUUAAAUGUGCGGUUCUACCACCGCAAAACUUAUGGCUGCCAAUCUUACCAAUCCGCGCUAACAACAAAAUGUUGAUGGUUUUAUGUCGCUCUUGCGCGGAAAUGGAAAAUGUGUUGUAUAAAUGUACUCACAACGAUAAAGAAAGAAUGUUUUUUGGCACAUGGACGGAUAUGGAAUUAAAAUUAAGUGUGAAAUACGGGUACACAAUAAUAGAAAUACAUGAAAUUUGGCAUUAUGAUUGCGAAACUUAUGAUUCAAUAUCUAAAACAGGUGGACUUUUUACUGACUACAUGAAUUAUUUUAUAAAAUACAAGACUGAGGGUUCUGGUUAUCCAACUGGUAUACAAACUAAAUCUGAACAAGACGCAUACAUAAAGAAUUUUUUUGAAAAUGAAGGUGUGAUGUUAGAUAAAUCAAAAAUUGCUCUCAAUCCUUCACUACGAAAUCUGGCGAAACUAAAAUUAAAUUCAUUUUGGGGAAAACUAAUACAACGAAAUGACCGUCAUUCAACAACUGUUGUACAAACCAUCACACAAUUUCAUAAUUUAAUACAUUCAAGCGGUAUAUCAGUAUCGGACAUAUUUACUGCCAGCGAGCACCAGGUGUGGAUCAACUGGAAAUACAAUUAUCCUGAAUUGAAUCCCGUUCUCAAAAAUCAAUGUUUAAUAGUUGGAGCUUUUACGACAGCGCAUGCUCGAUGCUUAUUGCAUAAUGAAAUAACCAAAAUUGGAAAAAAUCUUUUGUAUUGCGAUACGGAUUCUAUGAUUUUUGUUCAGCAUAUGAUAAUGAGUACUUUAAUUGGAGAUUUAACUAAUGAAUUUACAUCAUAUGGAAAGAAUGUUUACGGCACAGAAUUUGUAUCAACAGGACCCAAAAGUUAUUCAUAUCGUUAUUAUAACCCGGAUACUGACAAAUACGGAGAAGUUGUUAAAUGUAAAGGAAUAACAAGUAAUAAAAAUGGAACAUCACUAAAUUUUGAGCACAUGAAACAAAUAGUUACCGAUCCUUUUGGAAGCAAUAAUUUGUAUUUCGUAACACCAAACAAAAUUAAGCGUAAGAAACAUUUUCACGUUACUUCAGAAGAUGAAAAGAAAACAUUUGGCUUUACAUUUACGAAACGUGCUUGCCGUGAUAAUUUUGAAACAAUUCCUUAUGGUUUCUUAAACAGUUAA